AUGUCUGAAGCCGUGUCAGCCGUCUCCCAGCCUCCGCUCCGCAUUCUCAGUCUCGACGGCGGUGGCUACCGUGGCCUCGCCUCGCUCGAGAUCCUCGACCGUCUCAUGACGGAGCUGAAGCGCGACGACGGUUCUGUUCCAAAGCCUUGCGAGGUCUUCGACUUCAUCAUCGGCACCAGCACCGGCGGCCUCAUCGCCAUUCUGCUCGGCCGUCUCCGCCUUAGCGUCGAACAAGCGCGCAAGCACUACCUCGAGUUCGGGGAGAAGAUCUUUGGUCAGCAAGCGCAUGUCAGCGACGAUCCUGUACACUGGCUCAAGACUGGCGAGGAGACGCUCAACCCGGCGCCCUUGGAAGGGGUCCUAGAUAAGGUUGCGUCUGGCCUGGAUCUACUAGACCUUCAGCCGAACGCGUGCAAGGUCGUUGCGCUUACGACUGAGAAGGGCGCGGUGGCGUCCGAUCCCGUAUUCAUGCGCUCGUAUCGCAGCGAACACCCACUCCUCCCGAGCGACGGGUCCUGGAGCCACAACUGGACCAUCAAGGAAGCGGGUCGUGCAACGUCCGCGGCGCCAACAUACUUCCCUUCCGUACACAUCAAGGACCAUGGCGCCGAGAAGGUCUUCGAGGACGCCGGUGCCGCCGGCUACAACAACCCCGUUCUCAAGGGGAUAUCCGAAGUUCGCAACCGCAUUCCCGAGUUCCAAGGGCGUCACAUUGGUUGCCUCGUCAGUAUUGGCACCGGCCUGAGCAAGAUUCUCAAGGAGAGAAGCGAGAAUACGAACCCGGAUCCGCUCAGUUGGGGUUUGUUCAAGUAUCUCUUGAGCCCGAAGGACAACACGAACGCUGUUAAGAAGCGCAUGACUGAGUUUGCGGAGUACCUUGUUUCUAUCGCCUCUGACACGGAGGACGCGCACAGGGUGGUCCGAGACGACCCGCAGUUCAAGGGGGUCUACUUCCGUGCGAACAUCCCCGGACUCGGUCAGUUCAAACUCGACGACCUAUCUAAGCGCGAAGUCCUGCAGUCUGAGGCUCGCAACUGGCUGAACGGCGAGGGAAAGAGCUUCAUCACGGACUGCGCGAAGAGGAUGAAGUCGACCACCAUCCCGUGCUUCGAGCUCAAGCCGGCCCCCUUCGGGAAGCCUGAAUGCGUGGGACGCGACAACGUUGUCGAAGAGCUUAGCAAGACCAUCUCCUCCGACAUCGCGUCCAAGGCGGAGUUCAAGCCGUGUUCUAUCCUGAUCCAGGGCCCUCUCGGGGUUGGCAAGUCCACCGUCGCUCUUCAGGUCAUGAACGACUCUCGCGUCAAGAAGACCUUCGGCAACCGCAUAUGCUACUUGCGCUGUGACGGCAUGUUGGACAUCGCCGCGCUCAAGGGCAAGCUUCUUGCCAUGCGGGAGAUCGACGGUGGCAAGGCCUCGGACGCUGAGAUCCAGGAGCUGCUCUCUUCCGCUCCGACGCUCGUCUGCUUGGACAACUUCGAGCAGCUUUGGAACAUCAGCGAGCUUAGGGACGAGAUUCGGCAUAACCUCCUACCUCUCCUAGCGCGCGGCUCUAGCCUCAUCGUCACCGUGCGCGGGACUCCGAACAUUGACCUUGAUGUCUCCGGUGGCUGGUCGUUGAGCACACCCCUCGGCCCACUCGGCGCUUCCGACGCCCGCAAGGCCAUUCUGUCUUUCGCGCACAAGCCCGAGCCGUCCGAUGCGACAGAGCGCGCGGCUCUCGACUCCCUCGUUGCAAAGUGCGAGGGUCUUCCCCUCUCCCUCUCCCUCCUCGGUCAUCUCGCCGGCGCCCGCGACUUCACCGCCAUCGUCACGAGGCUCGUGACGCCCAAGGCAGCUGCCAUCGACGACUUUGAAGAGACGCGAGGUCUUGGCGCGACCAUCCGGCUGACCUUGGAGGAGGACCGCGUUCGCAAGUCUCCUUCAGCCCUCGCACUAUGCUACGCUCUGGCGUUGCUCCCGGAUGGCGCCGGCCCCGACUUCCUCCGUUCCGGUCUCAUCGGUACCGCGAUGGACAUCGACGAGGCGAAAGCGAGGCUCAUAGAGCGCGGAAUCGCGUACACGGAGCCUGCGUAUGGCCUUCUACGCAUGCUCGGUCCACUUCGCGUAUUCUUCUGGAACCUCACGCCGAAGGAGCAGGCGGCGUACGGCGUCGACUUGCCAAAGAUCUACGACGCUAUCCGUACCUUCUACUAUGGACUCGCUAGCAAGCCCUUGGACGACGUCCGCGAAACCAACACCCGCCGUCUUUACUUCGCGCAAGCUCGGAACAUCGAGGUCAUGGUCAUGCGCGAUCUUGCGAACCCGCCCCGCGACGCCUCUGCGUUCGCGGCUGUCGUCGAUGCUGCUUGCGGUGUGUCUGGAUGGUACGUGUGGGCCGGCGUCCCUCACGCGUCCCCGUACCUCCUGCAAGCGCUCGAGCAAGCGAGGGCUCGGGAAGAUCUGGUACUUGUCGGCAAGCUGCUGCUUGAGAUCGGUCGCGACCUCGCCGACGAGGAAGACCAAGAAGCAAAGAUCAGGGCCAUGGUAAACCUCACAGAGGCGUACGCCGUCGGCAAGAAGCAUGCGGACGAGUUGAUGGCCAAGGGAGACGGCAUGAGUGCAGAGGAGAAGGCCGUGUUCAAGAAAAUGUACGAGCUCGCCGCCGACGCCAGCAAAGAGCGCGCUCGCCUCGCAUCUUCUUUGGGCGACGAUCAGAACGCGGAGGUUUGGCUUCACGACGCCGUCGUCGCCUAUGAGAACCUCUGGGACGAGGAUGGGUACAUGGACACGUUCAUCAUCUUGGGUGGCAUCCAGGCGAAGCGCGGCGAGGUGGAGGCUGCGGUGUCUUCUUACAACCGCGUUCUCGACGUCGCGAAGGGGAAGACCAAGUACCGUGAUCAAGAGGCCGUCGUGUGUCGCUCUCUCAGUGCGCUCGUUCCCGGGACGGAUGACAAGCGUAGGUUACUCGAGCGCGGGGCGGCGCUUUUCGACGAACUUGACAAGCUAGGCGCCGCGGCCGAGUGUCGCCUCACCCUGAAGGAGCUGGAGGUGGUUGUGUAG